AUGGCCGUCAUUGCACAACAGGAAUCGCAUCACCACUCGCUGGCGAAUGCCUCCACCUGCUCAAAUAGUUCGGAAGACGAAAACAUUCCGAAAGGUCUUGUUUCCUGGCGCGACGCAGUAGAACGAUCGGUCACUACCGCCCAGCUGUCGAUGGCUUUGUACGUGCUCGAGUCGUGCGUCGCGUGGGACAAGAGCAUCAUGAAGGCCACCUUUGACCAACAUCUGAACGCUGAGAUGACUGCACUCUGUCCGCUGACUGCUAGUUCAAAAUCUGACCUUUCCCAUGAUCCUAAUGCUUGGCAGCGUUCCAUUCACUAUAGGAGUUCUACUAACCAGCUAAAACAACUAAUCAACUCAUCAUGUGCCGCUGGCAGCCAAAAGCACCAAGCAGGGAUCGCUGAAGAACCGCUCGAAACCAAUUCCGUGUUCUAA